AAAAAAUUCAGUCGAGGGACAGAAUAGGAUGAAACGAGUUUGUCUCUGUUCUCUGUUGCAGGAAAGCAUGCAGAAAGACGGGCCUGUCAGAGGGGUGAGAGAGAGCCGGAAGUGUACGGAGUCACGGGUCCAGGAGACCGUGAUGAGCCUAAUGAUAACUAGCUCUUUACUCCUAAUUAUAAUAGGCACGAUUUUUUCAGGGUUAGAGAUAAAAACUCAAAGCAUGGAAGAAACCCGGCAUGUCUGUAAACAUGUCGAGAUAACGGAAGAUUGGGUAUGUCCAAAUCAGGAAAUAACUGUGAAAAAUAAAACCUACAAUAGUAGUGAUUUUGAAGCAAUGGUAAAGUCGUAUAUUAGAAAUAUAGACGACAGAUUUUGGGUAUGUAAUCAUUCUAACCCAAUAGCUUUAUUUAUACCAUCGAAAUAUAAUGGUCUAAUGAAUAAUAAAGUAAAAUUUAAAUGGGAUAGUCUUAUAGUUAUAAAUGAAUCCCAUGUAAGACUGAUUGGGCUUGAAAUCCUAAAUAAAAAUCAGACAGUAUGGACUAAUGAAAGUAGCCUAAGCGUCUGGAAUUUGGAAUUAGGAGUUGAAUUAAGCAAAUCAGUAGGACAUUGUUGGCAGAAUUUGACAAAUGCUAAACAAUGGAUAAUGACCGACUCCAUUUCUGCACCCAGAAAUGAUAAAAUACUUAGAGGCCUACAUGGCGGCCGAAUCAGUAAAGUUGGGUUAUUAUCGGAAACAGGCAAUGAGACGUCUAGGAAUCGCAGAUUAACAAAUUGGUUAAUGGCGGGAGCUAAAGGACAUGUGACUUAUUGGCCUGAUGGUUUGAAUAGUACUCACCUAAUAUUAGGUGUUUAUAAAGAAAAACCAGUAAUUCCUUAUGAGGAAAUAGAUUGGGUAACAUGUAAACAACAUCAAACCCAAGGUAAAUAUUGUGAUAGCGAGAAGGCAUGUAUUCAUAAAUUGGGUAUGAGACCUUUUAGCUCUAACGGGGCUAAAUUUCUCAUCCGGAAAUAUGGUGGAUUGAAACCAGAUUCAUGGGCAUCCCUUUUCCAACACAAUAUGGUAAAAUAUUGUACGGAUUUGACUAAAGCAGAAUACUGGUAUUGCUAUAUAACCGGUCAGUCACUUUAUGAUCAAAAUCUAAUGGAUCAAUAUGAAAGCGAAAUAUUUGACAAGUGGAAAGCUUAUGUCAGAUAUAUGGGCAUUCGAGAAGAAAGAGUCUUAAAUGAAACCUGUGAAACAAUAAAAUGUUUUAUAGACAGUCAUUGGAUCGACAAUCGAGGAAUACAUCCGUUAAUGUUAGAUAGUAGUCACGGUGUACCUGAAUCAGUGGCUAAUAAGAGUGGCUUAACGGACUUUAUUAAAUCGAUUCCAGAUCAACAAUAUAGAAUGGCCCUAGCUUUGUAUGUAUACAAAUGGGAUAUGCUCACGCGCGCAGAAUAUAAAACUAGACCAAGCCCGGUUCAUAUGGGACUGGUAGAUAGCGUGCACGGCCUAUGGCAUAAUAAGUUCUAUAUUAAAUUUGAUUUUAGCCAUAAACUCAUGGGAGCUUAUCGGCAUCAAUUUAAUAAAUUGAGGUUUUUUCAUCCAAAUUUUAGGAAAACCAUUUAUACCAGAAACUUAGUUGAUGUUUCCUAUGAAAAUAGAACUCAUGAUUACUGGAAAGGUGGAGCUACCUUAAACAUGGGUUUUAGUGGGUUUAAAUGCAAUUUAUAUGAAAACAGUGGAUUAAACAACAGUGCAAGCCUCAUAGGAGCUGAAUUGCAAGAAUGUGAUCCAGAUAUAUUUAAUAAUUGGACUUAUAAAUAUAUACCGCCUUAUGCUCGUAAGGAGACGAGAUAAGAUUGUUUAAGGGAGAGAAUAGUUUCUGCUCCUGGGAAAAUUAUUCCAUCAUAACGGAAAAAAUUAGGGAUAGGUGUGACAAAAUUAAUUGCUCCAUUCCUUGGCAUGCAAUCUUUGUGUCAGCACUUCCCAUAGUUGCAAAAUAUGAAAACCAGGUUAAAAAACACUGUGCGAUUAUAGGGCUUGAAAAUUUUCAUGUUAAAAGAAAAUUAACAGAAUUAGUUGAUGAUUACAUAGAGGGGACGAGCUUGGGUCCAAAUUGGCACUUUAUGCACAAUUGGAUCUCAGCCUUAGACAUUGUCAUAGAUGAUGUCCCAAUAAUUGUCAAAAUUAGAAAGACCUUGUUAAAUGCAGGAGUGAUAAUUAGCUUGGGUGCUGGAACAGCAGUUGAAAUUAUUAAAAGAACCGUGAUCGGAUACUGGAAGUGGAUCAAGUUAAUUUUGAUCAUUAUGGGAUGCAUUGUGGUUAUUGUGCUUCUUAUUAGCGUAUCCCUUAAGACAGCACAGCUAUGUGGUGUUCUGAGCAGUGUCUGCGGGGUCAGGCGUUAUGCUCGCCUAAGGUCAAGGGUCCCAGAGUAGAGUAAAAAACAAGUCAUGGACUGUAUUUAAAGGCUGCAGUCAUAACAGUCUAAACGAACAUUUAGUGGAAGAGACUGACUUGAUUGCUCAUCUCCAAAACCUCUGAAAUUGGAAGAAAAUGGCAUCUAUGAAUGGAAAUUACGGGAAUGCUGAUAACAUUGUGUCGGGAACAAACCUUGCUCAGGUAAAUAAAUUCUAAUCAUUUUAAAUUGUGAAGAAAUAAUUUAUUAUGAUGACCCAGUAAUAUGGGAAUAGAAUGAGAGAAAUAACAGUUAUGAUUGUUUUAAUAGUCUUGCCACUGUUUAAUCAAUCAUAACAAGAUGUCAGACACAUCUGGGUACGAGAUACAGUGUUAUCAGUAGGGUAAUUUUUGGGUUUUUGUGGUUUUUUAUGAUUUUUGAAAAGGAUUGAAUUUUAUUUGAACUUUUCAAAAUGAAUGUAUAUUAAACCAAGGACCAACUGUUUUCAUUUGUGUAAUCUAUAAUAAUUGCGUAACAAUGUUAAAGCAAUUGUGGGUGAAGAAUGAAACAACAGAGAUGUAAUUGUUAUAGUUAUGACAUUUGGGUAAUUAUGACAUAUUGAUCUUUUUAGAUUUCGAGAGGGGGAAGAGCAAGUGACGACAACCUGGCCUGUACCCAUAGUACAAGAAUGUGCAAAAUUUAUUACCACAACAAUGGAAGAGAAUUUCAGUGUUGUAUGAACUGUUUUGUGACCACUGAUAAAAACUUUAACACGAUUCAUUAUAUUCUCUGUUGGAAUGAAGGCCAAUUACAGCCGUUGUUAUCAAAAUUAAUAACUGCCAGAGGGCAAUUAAUUUUACCAUGGGCUCCCGUGGUUACACAUAGAAUGAAUCGGCGUAGCAAGUUCUUUGUUCGGCCUUAUUGGGUAAAUGGAGAAAUCCAGAUGGGCUUAGUAGUUAGUAAUGGCACCAUACAUAUCCAACCCACAGGAACAAGUUCUGGUGUGGAUGGAUGGCCGGUGGGAGAGUACCAAGACGGAGGAAAUCCUAUGGCGCAACGGGGUGAUACUUCGACUAACGAACGCCCAGAUCUGGAGUUUACCAGAGACCUCGCGGCCUUUCUCGCAGACGAAAAGAAUUGGCCGGCGUCUCUUGGCCGCAAUGGGGCGAAGUAACUUGCUAACCGUGCAGUUAUUUUACCGUAAGAGAGAAAAGUUAUUCAAUCUUUGGUUAAUUGGCACGGAUGGAUGGGCCGUUCAACUCCAACAGUGUAUAUAUAAAUCGAGUGUGUUAGAUGAAUUGGAUAAUGAUUAUUUUGUGUCUCAACUACACAUGGCAAGAGGGGAUGUAAUGGCUGGUUCUAAUGAAACGACUAGUGCCAUGAUUAACGUGAGACCACAAAAAUAUAAGCGUAAACCUUUCCUAUAUUCUGAAAUCCCCAUACUCCAGAGUUCAACAGUAUCUGAUGCAGCUAAGUGUAAGCGUAAAGCACGGCGUGACCAGAAGAAGGCUCGGAAGACAAGUGAAUGGAAAGGGAGGGGGACCGCUCCUCUCUGCAGCUCAAGGCACACUGCUUCUGACCCCUUACCCUCUGAAUGCUCUCGCCUCUCGCAGCUGCAGCUAACUUUGGAAAGCGACAUUACAAGUGCACACGGGGAAACCCACUAAGAAUGUGUAUCAGGAUUUGCAUCUGAUAAUGCUACAUGGAAUGUUGAAGAAUGCUUUUAACCUGUCAACUGUAUGCAUUCAGAUGUUUGUGUGUGUUGAUUAAUGUACUAAUAUGUGCAUAUGGAACAGCUAUACCUUUGUUCUCAUAUGACAUGCCCUAUAAAUUUUGUUAAUCCCUGAAAUUCUUAACUGAAUGGUUAGACCACAGUAUACAGUUGGUCCUUAGAAAUUUAUAGCUAGUAAUUUGAUGUAUUAGGUAGAAUGCACCUUGGUGUGCGGAUACUUGUGUUGUAUGUGUCAAGUCCUCACUGAUAUAUGAGGUGAAGGUAUGUGCCUGACCUGGUUUUGUGAGUAUAAAAGCUGAGCAUUUUCUGACCAGCUUUGCGCUUCCUGACUUCUGUUCAUUGAGGUUGGUUGCCCUUUGUCUCUAACGAGAGGCAAAGUAAGGAUUUCUUGUUUUCUGUUUGUCUUUUGUUUGUUCUACUUUUUCACUGGAUUUAAUUUUAUUAAUAAAAGUGUAUUUUAUUAAUUUUCUUCACUGGAGUGGACAUUGACUUCAUUUUCCAGAACCCAUCUAAGUUACCCUGUGUGGUAAAGUAUGCUCUAAUUUAUUCUUUUGCAAAAUACGUUCUUUAAAGACGAUCCUUAAACUAAACUCUGGCUAAGAAAUAUAGCUAAGGGAGGAUCCUGAUCUUAACUUUGUUUAAUUAGGGUGAUUAAAUAAAGGGAAAUCAGCACAGGAGACACUGGCUCGAGGGGGCGAAACAUCCAUUCCAAGUUCUAACUGACCACAAGAAUUUUAAAUAUAUCCAACAGGCCAAACGACUUAAUCCCCACCAAGCACAUUGGUCUCUAUUCUUUAACUGAUUCCACUUCACACUCACCUAUCGUCCAGGAUCUAAGAAUCUGAAACCUGAUGCACUGUCCCGAGUUUAUGUGAAGUCCCCGCAAGAGGACUGUAUCAGACCGAUUGUCCCCAGCUCUAAGAUAUUAGCCCCUAUCAGGUGGGAGCUGGAGGGUCUGAUAAGGAAGGCCCAAACUAAGGACCCAGAGCCAGGCGGUGGUCCUCCCAACUGUUUGUAUGUCCCUAGAGUUGUUCGAUCAAAAGUCCUCAUGUGGGGACACUUGUCACAGCUUACUUGCCAUCCGGGCUCUGCCCGCACCCUUGAAUUCUUGCAAAGACGAUUUUGGUGGCCAACCAUCAAGGAAGAUGUGAUGGCAUUUGUUAAGGCCUGCCCCACUUGCAACAAAAACAAAAGUUCCCAUGAGCCACCUUAGGGAUUUCUCCACCCACUCACCAUACCUCACAGACCAUGGUCUCAUAUAUCUAUGGAUUUUAUCACUGGACUCCCCCAUCCCAAGGAAACACCACUAUUUUAGUCAUAGUAGACCGAUUCUCAAAGGCCGCCCGCUUCAUUCCCCUGUCUAAACUUCCCACGGCCAAAGAGACAGCUGAACUAAUCAUGAACCAUGUGUUCGGAGUCUUUGGAAUUCCCCAGGACAUCGUCUCAGAUCGGGGACCUCAGUUUUCCUCCCGAUUCUGGUAAGCGUUCUGUCAAUCCCUAGGGACCACUACAAGCUUAUCCUCCGGUUUCCACCCAGAAUCAAAUGGACAAACAGAAAGACUCAACCAAGACCUCGAAACCACCCUUAGAUGCAUGACAGCAAACAAUCCCACCACUUGGUCUCAGUUCAUUAUGUGGGCUGAAUAUGCGCAUAACUCCCUGUGUUCAUCAGCUAUGGGCAUGUCCCCUUUUGAGUGCCAGUUUGGCUAUUCCCCCCAACUAUUUCCUGAACAGAAGGUGGAAGUAGCAGUCCCUUCGGCCCUCCAGUUUGUUAGACGCUGUCGCUGGACUUGGAAGAAGGCAUGUCUCAAACUUCUCAAAGUAUCCCAACAAUACCAACACCAGGCUAACCGCAGGCGCAGACCCGGCUCCCAAUCUGCGUCCGGGCCAAAGAGUCUGGCAUUCCACCAGGAGCAUUCUCCUACGGGUUGACUCCAUGAAACUAUCCCAGUAGUUCAUUGAACCAUUCAAGAUCGCCAGGAAAGUAAACCUAGUCACCUACAAAUUAUACUUGCCAAAAUCUUUAAAGAUAAACCCUACCUUCCAUGUGUCUUUACUUAAACCAGUUUUGUCUUCUCCUUUCUUUGUAGCAGGUAAACCUCCCCCUCCUCGUUUUGUUGGAGGGCAAGCAGUCUAUACAGUCCGCCGGAUACUGGACGUCCGUAAAGUACGCAAAACCCGACAGUAUCUCAUGGACUGGGAAGGCUAUGGCCCUGAGGAGCGUUCCUGGGUCCUUGCCAAGGACAUCCGUUAGAUCCGAGACUCAUUCGAGACUUUCACGCUCUUAAGAUGAAAUCACUCGGCAAGAACGUCAGGAGCCGUUCCUAGAGGGGGGGGGGCUGUCAGGGUUUUUGGUUAAUUUUUCAUGUAAUGUUUUUUAUUCACCAGUUUCAGUUUCACAUGUGCCUUAUUUAGUUGUUUGUAUAAAAGUAACCCUUUUUUCAUCUGUUCUUUGCUCGGUUAUUGUUGACCCAUGCCUGUCACCUACAGUGAGUUAUUCCUUCUUGUUAUUUAAGCUAGUUCUCUUGUAUCUAAUAUUUCUUGGAGUUUUUUGGAUUUUUUUCUGUUCAGAAGUUUUUGCCUGUCUGAGUUGAUGUACCUUUUGAAACGUGAAGUUUCCUGUUUUUGUUAACUGUUUUUUCAUCUUCCAUUGAAGAUUGUUUUUUGUUGCUAAUAAAAGUCCUCAAGGAAUCUGAAA